CCCUCUGGGCCACCAAGCUGCCACAGAGCGAGGAUGGCCAGCAGGAAGGCGGGGACCCGGGGCAAGGCCGCGGCCACCAAGCAGGCCCAGCGGGGCUCUUCCAACGUCUUUUCAAUGUUCGAGCAAGCCCAGAUCCAGGAGUUCAAGGAGGCCUUCAGUUGCAUCGACCAGAACCGUGACGGCAUCAUCUGCAAGUCGGACCUUCGGGAGACCUACUCCCAGCUGGGGAAGGUGAGUGUCCCGGAAGAGGAGCUGGAUGCCAUGCUGCAGGAGGGCAAGGGCCCCAUCAACUUCACCGUCUUCCUCACACUCUUCGGCGAGAAGCUCAACGGGACAGACCCCGAGGAAGCCAUCCUCAGCGCCUUCCGAAUGUUCGACCCCAGCGGCAAGGGCGUGGUGAACAAGGACGAGUUCAAGCAGCUCCUCCUGACGCAGGCAGACAAGUUCUCUCAGGCCGAGGUGGAGCAGAUGUUCGCCCUGACGCCCGUGGACCUGGCCGGCGACAUCGACUACAAGUCCCUGUGCUACGUCAUCACCCACGGGGACGAGAAGGAGGAGUGAGGGGCUGUGGGGAGACCACUCCCACCACCCCAAUAAACCCGGU